AUGGAAGAGGGCAGGGGCUAUCCGCGACCGAUCGGACCAGGCGUGACACGUGUCGGCUGGAUCGGCGCCGGGGUCAUGGGCGCCGCCAUGGCCGCCCGCCUCCGGACCGCCGGCUACGCCGUUGCCAUCUACGCCCGCACCCCCUCCAAGGCCGACCACCUCCGCCGCCUCGGCGCCCACCUCGUUCCCUCGCCGGCCGAUGCCGCCCGCUCCGCCGACGUGCUGUUCACCAUGGUCGGUCACCCCUCCGACGUCCGCGAGGCCCUCCUCGACCCCGCCUCCGGCGCCCUCGCAGCCAUCCCGCCCGGCGGCGUCCUCGUAGACUGCACCAGCAGCGACCCGGCCCUCGCGCGCGAGGUUGCGGCGGCGGCGCGGGCCAGGGGGUGCUGGGCCGUGGACGCGCCGGUCUCGGGCGGGGACGUCGGGGCGAGGGACGGGACGCUGGCGAUCCUGGCCGGGGGCGACGAGGGGGUGGUCCACUGGCUGUCGCCGCUGUUCGAGGCGCUCGGGAGGGCGACGUGGAUGGGGCCGGCGGGAAGCGGGCAGAGCAGCAAGAUCGCGAAUCAGAUCACGAUCGGUGGCACCAUCCUGGGGCUCAGCGAGGCGAUAGUGUUCGCGGGGAGGGCGGGGCUGGACGUGCCGCGGUUCUUGGACGCGGUGCGGGCCGGCGCGGCAGGGUCGCGGGCGAUGGAGAUCUUCGGGGAGAGGAUGGCGAGGCGGGACUUCGCACCGGGGGGUUUCGCAGAGUACAUGGUGAAGGAUUUGGGGAUGGGGUUGAGAGGAGGAGAGGACGGUGGGGAAGAGGAGACAGGGAAGGGCGUGGUGUUGCCCGGGGCGGCCUUGUGCCAGCAACUGUAUCUGGCGAUGGUGGCUAACGGGGAUGGGAAGAUGGGCGGACAGGGCCUGAUCACCGUCAUCGAGAGACUCAACGGAAAGCACGCAUAGUGAAUGCACAAGAAGGUAAUGCCUCUGGACUGUGGAAAUUGCACGAGACUUGUUCGAGCAAUUGACAUAUUUUCUUUUGUGCCGUUUCUCAUCAAUAAGUAUCCCCUGUGGCUUUGCUCGA